AUGUCAAGUUCAAACAAUGCUAUCGCGUUAAGUGAAGAAGAGAAGCGUAGGAUUCUCAGAGAGAGAAGACAGGCCAAGAUGGCCAAAGGAAAGGCCAGUGAUAGGUUGAACAACAUCUUAACUCAAGGAGCAUCAGUUAAAUCGUCAACUGUAACAUCAGUAUUGGACAAGCCAGAGUCCGGCCCUGCUACGUUACCUACAAGUUUACAUCAUGAUGACGACCCAGAGAUUCAAGACAUUUCUACAAUAGCUGCAGGUGACACAUCAUUAGGAGAAAAAGAUCCUCAAGCUGAAAUCAAUGAAAUGUUCAAAUCAAUUUUUCAACAACAAUCUUCACAAGAUGAGGGAAACCCGAUGACAGAUAUUUUCAAAAUGUUUGGCGAUGCAAAUUCUACCGGUGAUCUGAAUAUCCCACCUCCUGACUCCGCUCAAUCUCAAUAUGAACAACAAUUGAAUCAAUAUCACUUGUAUCAGAAACAAGUAUGGAGGUUUCGCUUUUCAAUUGUGAGAUUGAUUACCAUAGCUGCAUUCUUUUUCUACAAUUACUACUCCAUACCUUCAUUUACAGCAUCCAAUCAUGCCUAUGUGAGAGAUUUGUCUGAGAUUUAUCCUUUGAGUGGGUUUGCCCAGGGGUUCUUCACCUUGGAAAUAGUUAUAAUCGCAAGCUACUACUUUAUUCUUACUAAAAAUGGCUUAUUUCAUGCUGCUCGCCAGAACAACCUUGUGAUGAAAGGAGUACAGGUUGUGUCGAUGUUUGCGCCACAGGUACAACAAUUGGCUCCAAUUCUUCUGAGAGUACUCGAGUACAAGGAAUUAUUGGGUAUCUUCCUUGGAGAUCUUUCAUUAGUUGUGGUAUUGUUUGGUUUAUUAAGUUUUAGGGAUUAA